AUGUCAUUGUCGGUUGAGCAGACUGGGCUGGGGGCCAUCCCGCCAGAUUGGCACGUCCUCUCACUCGAGGUGCCCGUGCCGACUGAGCAUCAAGCUCAGAUCAUCCUCAAAUCGAUCGCGCCCGACAAGCCGGUCAAGUCACCCCACUUCAUCCGUCGCUCGAUCUCCAUCAAACCCCAUCCACCAGCACCUACAACCGCCCAGCACCCGCCCACAGCCACCUUCAUCCAAAUCACUAUCGCUGCACUAACACUCCGACAGGCACGGGUCUCCAUCGACCAUCUUCUGAACGACCUCGAGCUCGUCAUCGAGACCAUGGCUGCCUUCUCACCCUCCCCCUAA